GCAAGUUUCUGCAGUUGCUCUUCACCAAAUUCAUCCUGCAGCCAUUUCCUGCAUUGUAGGAGGCUCUAUAAAAACGGCACAGUGGACACAUCAUAAUACCCACGAAACUUAGCGAUCAUAGAGGAUUGGUGAAAAUCCUGUACCGACCUCUCCCCAAAGCAAAGCCUACCUGGAUCAGCUUUGCAGCUGAAGAGGGGUGAGGCGAAGACCCAUCAGCAAGUCAGUCAAUGCAGUUACUGUCUAUCAGAAAGCAGCUUACAAUAGCCAAGCCCCUAGGAGCUAAGACUCUCUCUGUUGGAUACCCACCAUUCAACAGGCAAGAUGGCUCGUGAUAUGUCUGAUAAGGAAAUCCUGCAAAUGGAGCUGGCUCAGCUAAAGAUUGAAGUUAGCACAACACGCACAGCUGUGUCAGUAAAUUGCAAGGAGACAAUGGAAUGGGUGGAGGCCCAAACAGAGGGCGACCCACUCAUAAAGGGCGUGUCAGAUGACAAGAACCCCUACAAGGGAGACAAGGGAGGCUGCAUUAUAACCUAGAAUACACAAACCCAGGGAAAAGAAGCCACACAUUUUGAUUUAAUGAGAAACAGCGGAGGGCAUUCAAACAAAUAUGUAAUCUGAUAUUUGGACAGACAGAUAGACAGCUCAGAGACAAGGACAACUAAAACAUUUGUGGUGAUGUUGUAUUGUUACAAGACGCCAGAAUUCCCUUUUCACCAUCUCUGGAUAUUUUCUGUUGAUAUCAUUGUGUCUUUGUCAAAUUGUAAAUAAACACAUCUAGGUGUGUAAGGCUGUUACCUA